AUGGCAGCGAAUGAUACGUACUUUUCGCCCGAAUCAACCAAUCUGGAACGGUCAGAAUUCCGAACUGCCAAGAUUACUCUGUACUGUUUAAUCUGGAUACUAAGCUGCAUUGGUAACAGCUUGGUUAUAAUCGUCAUCAUUGGAGCUCGAGACAUGCGGACUCCCUCAAACUUACUAAUCUUGAACCUUGCUUUGUGUGAUUUCAUCACUCCAGCUUUGGCUAUUCCGUUCGAUUUUGCCUUGGAGGAGAAAAAUUACAUCUGGCCGUUUGGUCAUGCGAUGUGCAAGGUUUUGUGGCCGUUCCAAACGGCGAGCUCUACGUCUUCAUCUCUUACUCUUGCGGCCGUCAGUGUGGAUAGGUUCAGGAACCUCGUGACGCCAUUUGCAAGGCGCACCACUUUUCGUCAAGUUCUUCUCUGCUUAUUUGCUAUGCACGUGUUUUCUAUCGGCUUGUGUGUUCCUUAUAGUCUUGUCUUGGACUAUGACAAAUCAAAACGUUCUUGCGACGAGAAUUGGUCGAAUAUGCACUAUGGACAAGCAUAUACGGUGAUAUUGUGUCUAUGUGGGUACGUUUUACCUUUAAUAACAAUGGCUAUAGCGUACAGGCUUAUUUAUCGCAGCUUACGCUCAAACCUUAUGGGCCUUCUAUCAAUGGAAACUGAUCCUCAAAAACCUCGCAAUGUUUGUAGAUCAUCUGAAGAAUCGACUUUAAUAAGGGACAGUGUGGAAAAUCAAAGAAAAGAACAGAACAUUCGCUUGGCAAAAAUGUUUACUAUUGUCGUGGUGGUAUUCGCUAUAAGCAUGUUUCCAAAUCAAGUUCUUUGGAUUUGGAUCGACUUCGGCCAUGGCAAAAGCAAUGAGCUUUUCCAUUACGUCUCUGUUGUGUGCCGUCUUUGCACUUACGCAAACAGUGUCUUAAACCCUUUUAUCUACACCUUAAAAAGCAAAGAGUUUAGAUCCGGCUUUGCGAGGAUUGGUCGAGCAAGUAUGCAUCCCUUACGAAAGAUAAGCUCGGAAACAAGAAAGUUUGUGCGCAAAAUAAGCAGGAGCAUUUCAGAUGCCGGUCAGCGUCCCGCUGUUCUGCCUCAGCAGUCUUCUGGCAUAACCGCACCUGCUCAGAGGUUCUCAGAAACUUUCACUAAUGGUAAAGAAACUCUUGAACCACCUCUUAGCAAUUAUAACAUGCAUUACAAAACGUCAGAACUAAUUUGUACAAUUAAUGACUUUUCUAUCGAUCUAUCAAUUUCAGUUACUCCCAGCUUGUACGAAAAACUCGAGGAACUUGCAGAAACGACUUGCUGAGUAACGCCGUGUAGAUAGACCUGACAUACAUAUGCAAUUUUGAAAACUUACAUGGUGAUUGGGAAAAUCAGUUAAGCGGAGCCCAAUUUGAAACUGACUGCAUUAAGUUAUGAUGACUUUAAGAAAACAAUAAGGGAGUCAAUAACUUUUUGUCGCAAACGAAAUUUUCCUCCUGUAUACCGAUCCAAAACAAAAAAAUAACCCAUCCGUUAUUAGCGGCGGUAUAAUUCCGUCUGCACAUGAAGAAGGAUAAGGUUAUGGUCGCCACCUAUGGCAGCUGUGUUAUGUCUUCAGUAUACAAGUGUUAGAGUUCCUAAUGAACUGAUUCACAUGUGUCCACGAAUUGAUUUAUAGACCUCUAAUGUCCAUUUUUUUUUAGAUCAUGACCUAUAGUUUACCUUGAGUUACUUGUUUAUUAUCUUAAGACUGCCAUUUUAUAUAUUAAGUCUCCCGCUAAUGAUCUACAUCUGUAGCAUACAUUAUCCUUUGAUGCUUAUCGAUUGAAGCCUACAUUAUUUGCACCGUAUAAAACACACAUUUCCAUUUGAUCUUUAAUUAUUCAUUUUUUUCUUUUUCAUGAAGUAACUGGGAAAGAAACAAUGUUUACAAAGAGGUGUUUUAGUUUUACUUCAUCUUACCUCACCCGGCCAAUCUUUUCCGAAAUAGUAUAACUGCAUAAGAAAUUCUGCCCCACUGCAACCAACUGACACUACACAGUCGGCCUCUUUCCAAAACUAACAUUGCCCAGACUGGCUCUAAGUGUUCGCGUCUUGGAUAGUUGGCCACUCAGUCUUAUAAAGGAGAAAGAAUGGGCAGGGUCAGGCAAGGUUUAAUUGGGGGGUAUUUUCUAAGAGGGAAAAUAACGCAGGUUAAUGACAGGUCAUUGAAGUUAAAGGAUCUUUUCAGCGUGAUGAUGUGCUGUAAUAAACGUACAUGAUAACAUUUUAAAAUUUUUGAGUUUGGAAAGGCCAGUGCCUACAUCUGUCGAUAUGACCAGGCGUGGUCAGAAACAGGGCCUCUUUGCUUUACUCGAAGAGGAACACCUUCCCUUAGUACAGAGAUCCCAUUCAAGCUGGUAAAAAGUCACGACAGUGAUUGAUUCAUUACGUGAACAUUUCCAGGACACUUAAAAUUACAAUGUAUUGCAAAGGGCUUUUCAAAAAAAUUAAUCCCCUCCACGCAAUUAAACCACAAGUCACGUUAUGCUUGCUAGGUGUUUGGCGUAUUUGUCAAAGUCAGGUGCUCUUGCGCUUUGAUGUUCGAGAAAACUAGAUUUUAACUUUUUUUGCUUUAUAGCGCUAUAAGGCGCAUUCGAUUGAUCGCAUUCCGGAAUAAAAAUACCCCAAAUUUUUAAUUUGUUUCAUAUCUUUUGUACCUUGCUUUUUGGGCCACUUAAAACAGAUUUCUAGAUUAGAUAUUGCAAUGCACCAAACGCCGAUCAUAUGAGGGAUUUUCAGAGUUUAUUCCAAUAUUCUACUCUUAUUCCGGAAUGCGAUCAAAUAGUACACACCCUAUAAUUUUCUCUAAGAAAAACUGCCGAUGGAAUCCCGUCAUCUAUUAAGUAAUCUAUACCAUCGCGGGCGGAAUUCUUUCAUCUUGCGGUGGCGUUAACCUGAUGAUUUUGCAAUCAAAAGAUGUACUCAAUACUUGAUUGCUAAGUAAACAGAAAGGGUAAACGUUUACCCCACUGUGCUAACUCCAAAGGUCAAGAACAUUAAGCUUGGCAGCCUACAUUACCAUUAAGCAAGAAAACCAGUUCCUUGAGAGACGGAUGCUUCCUGUGUUUCUGUCAAUGUCGAGUUUUUCUAAAAUGUAAACUUUGGGAACCCUUUUUAAGAUCCGGGGGGGAUACUCUCUAUAAUGGGCUCCACCCUAAAUCGCAAGGGGUACCUUCUUCAUGCUUCAGUUAUAUGAAAGGGUUGGGAUCUCAUUUGUUGAAGUAUACGAAAGAGUAGGGAACUCUUUGAUUUGGGUCUGUUAAUUGACCUAAAAAGGGCUACAGCAAAACUUUAUGCCUGUAAAAGAGAGGAGAAAUUUCUUUUAGUUUAGCGGAUUUUUUCAUAUUUGAAAGAAAGCUCAUUUACAGCACUGAGUUAAAAGGGAUGCAGAGUUCUAAACCAAGUAUAUGAAAGGGGUACCGUUUGUCAAUGAAACGUAUACGAAAGGAAUACCUUUUUGUCAAAAAUGGUGCACAAUAUUAUAAUGGUAUAUAAAAGAAUAAGGGGUUUGACCUCACGGCGGAGCCUCCCCGUAUUAAACUUUACUGUGUAGCCCCCGGGUUUAUCAGAUAUUUGUUUUCAAAAGUUAUUAAAAGCAUUGUUUAUUUAUUAUUAUAUGAAAUCACCGUCCAUGUUAUGUUUCACAAUAGAAACCGCAGGUUCUGCGUUCGUUAAUAAUGAUGCGAUUGGGCAGGGAGUACAAUGGCAUUCAACGAAGGAAGAGCUCUCGGAGAUCAGAUAGGAUUUAGAUGAUCUUGAUAGCGCGAGGAGGAUCUGACUUAUCAUAUUUUAACUACCAGUCAGUGAAUUCAGUGUUGUCGACUUCAGUUUCUCUGCGAAAGCUGGGGGAUAUAUGUAACUGGCGUUGCUUUAUGAAACAGCGCCGUCGAAAAAAUUGUGAGUGACUAACCAAGCCAUCGUUUGAACAGAUAAGAAAUGUGAACAUUUACAUCGUCGUUUUACUGCGGGCGUCAAUAGCCAACUCACGACUGCUUUUCAAAUUAAACAGCGGGGAUAGAUAUAGCCACCACAUAGCAACAGCAGUCGGGGAGCAGUACUGCAUGAUGCCGAAUAAUGGCUCCCAGUACCAAGAAGAAACAGCGAGUUUGGAAAAUAUGGAGUUCAGAAUCUCGAAGAUAAUAUUAUACCUCCUUAUCUUGGUUCUUAGCUCUGUUGGAAACAUUUUAGUCUCCGUUGUUCUUAUAAGAGCAAGAAAUUUGCGGACUUCAUCUAAUCUACUGAUCCUGAAUUUAGCGGCGUGUGACUUCCUCACACCAAUUAUAAGUAUACCAUUUGAUUUAGCUCUCGAAGAACUCAGAAACAUCUGGCCGUUUGGAAGAACAGUAUGCAAACUUCUGUGGCCCUUACAAACAGUAUUCUCGACUUCAUCGAGCCUUAUUCUUGCAGCUAUCAGCUUGGACAGAUACAGAACCCUUGUGAAACCUUUCCUCCCUCAGUCUUCCUUGGGAACUAAUGUUUUGCUCGUAUUAACAGUUCACGCUUUUUCAAUAUGCUUAUGCAUUCCUUAUUUUAUUGCUUUAGAGUACAAUCCAGCCAAAAAUUCCUGCAACGAAAGCUGGCCAGCUGUACGUUACAGACAAGUUUAUACCGUUUUCCUUUUCUUGUGCCAGUACGCAUUGCCACUGAUCACAAUGUCUAUCGCAUAUGUGCUUAUUUAUAGGAGUUUACGUUCCAAUCUGGCCCGACUCUUCUCUGUGAAUUCUAGGAGAUGUCAAAAGUCUAGACGACGGACGCAUUUGAGCAAGGAUAGCGUGGAAUUUAAAAGAAAAGAACAGAACAUUCGCUUGGCAAAGAUGUUUGUUAUCGUCGUGGUAGUCUUCGCAAUAAGCAUGUUUCCGAAUCAAGUUUUGUGGUUCUGGCACGACUUUGGUAAUGGAGGCGAGAGUGCAUAUUUCCACUACAUCUCCGUAGUUUGUCGGCUUUGCACUUAUGCCAACAGCGUCCUAAAUCCGUUUAUAUAUGCGUUAAAAAGCCGAGAAUUCAGAUCUGGAUUUGCGAAGAUUGGUCAUUCUACUGUAGUAAAACCGCUGAGAAAAAUAAGCGCCGAGACUAGAAGAUUUGUGCGCAAGGUGAGCACUAACGUUAAUGUC